AUGUCCUCCUUACCGCUCAUCCCUCCCGAACAGUGGCGACAUCUCUUCCGUGCCUUGCUGCGCGAGUGCACAUAUCUCCCUGACCCGAUCGCCCGAGGUUACAUGCAUGACUAUGUAGUCCGGAGAUUUCGACGCUAUUCCGACAAGUCGCAAUCUAAGCUACAAGAUGAUUUACACCGGCAGCACCUCCGCAAAACCGCAACCCAGAAACUGUCGUUACUGAAGCGUGCCAACGAAGGCUAUUCUCGACCGCUCGAAAAGGUCCUCCGGCUCUCGUAUGGACGAAAUGGAAAGAAAAGAAGGGAUUUGCUAGGUGUCUUCGUUGUCCCGGAAGUUCCUCCCGAUGCCGUGGCCGUGGAAGGCAUUCUGAAGGGGCCUUCGAUGUUCGAAGAUGAUUGGAAACCUCCGACUAUUGUGCUCGAUCUCUUGAAGUCUCAAUUGCGGAAUGGCGUCAUUUCACAGCUCAGCGAUCGUUCUGUUGUUAAGACUCUGGAGCCGCCUAUACCCAAGGAAAACAGCUGGGGCAAGCCGGUUGCCAAAAGUCGUCGGCGGAACAUCAGGAAAAAAUGGUACUACGCCGUGCUUGACAGCCUUUUGCCGCCGCUCCCCGAUGCAGAGCUCGAUACAUUGCAUGGUCUGAUCUCUGGGAGAAUACCAUGGACACCACCGAAGAGAAGAAAAGCCGUUGGCGUUCCUCUGGACGCUCCCGGCCAGACCAGUCUUAAUAUAGCAUUUCUGACAGAAGGACCGAAAAAGGGGCCGACGUUUAGGGACUUCGUCAACGGGCGACCUCAUCAAAUCACGCGGCGAUUCAUGCAACGACUCUGGAGGCGCAUCUACUGCAUGGUGCCGCGCUUUGAAUGGGAUGAGAAAAACCAAAAGCAUUAUUUCAAGUGGGAACCGGUGAAGCCCUUUCCCCACAUAUCUACCGUCAUUGAACACGAUCAAGUGCCGAACCUGUUCCAGAAGGUUGAUGCCAACGGGAGAUUGAUCCAACGUCCCUUUAGGGACCGGAUCGAGGUGACUACGGGAGAGUAA